GUAUGAAAUUUGAUAUUUAAAAGUGGACAUGAAUCUUUUGUAUUUGUGCUGUAAACUCUGUUAAAUCUAUGUUUUUAUUUAAAAUGUAAUCUAUUAUGUGUGCUUAUUGUGCAGAGCAAGUUACUUGGAAGAACGAUGACUGUGGAGAGGAUGGCGAAGGAGCAAGAGUGGUCCACUCUUUAUUACGAUGCAGAUUUGAGUUUAUGUCACACUGUAAUUUGCAUUUUCUUGAAACUUUUGUGUUGAAUCAAAUGUGUGUAGUUCAAUUUUCCAAUGACGUUGUUUGUUUUACUUUGUCGCAGAUGGUGGUACCCCUACUGGAUACCGAUAGUGCUCCGCACUGGUUUGCGGCGAAUGUGAGCAUGGUUAAUACAACAGUGGAAAUUAGGGACUCGUUGUCUUCCGCAAUGCAUAAGAGGUCACGUCGGAGCACCUGCGUAGAGAUGCUCCAGACUUUGGACCAAUUGUUUGCCCCUGUCAAGCCAGGAGACCUGAAUUUCAGCGAGUUUGUAAUUAUUUCUUCAAGCAAGGACUACCCACAACAACAAAAUGGCCACGAUUGUGGAAUGUUUGUAAUGAAGUACAUGGAAUCACUGUUCGAGGAAAAUGAAAUAUUGGAAGAGUUUGAUCCUAUUGAAGCCAGACUGGAUUGUGUUGGGAAAAUUGUCACCCACGAGAGUAACAAGGCUAAACAUGCUGUGAUGGAGGGAGUUAAGAAGCAAUUUGGAUUGAGCAAAACCAAAGUUCUUCCAUCAACAUCUACAACUAUACCAUUACGUAGUCCAUCAAGGUCUCCUCGAGACCCCCGAUUCAGCACAGCGAAGGCCAGGUCCGAAAACAUGUGGACUGGCAAGAGCAAGUCCCCGAAAACACGUCAUUCUAAAAGGCUGGCCAUAAGUAACAAGUAGUAUAUUACAAUGGUUACAAAAGUUACUUUAUGUAUAUAUUUACUAUGUUCAGUACAAUGGUUACAAAAGUUAGGUUUUAGGUCGUAAAUUAUAUUUAGUCAGUCAUGUUAUAUACUUGCAUCAUACUACUGUUAGGUGAUUUGGAAUUGCACUAAUGUUGGUGAUUUUAUAAUUUACUAUAGGGUAAGACUUGUGGUAGUUUUUAGAAUUUGGUGGAACUGAUUAUUAUUAUUGUAUGGUCAUUAUUACUAUUAUUGUGAAUAUUAUUUCGGUUGUUAUACUUUGCCAUUACUAUUAGGUUUUGGAUUUUUUUUUACCAUAACAAUAUGUGAAGUACAUUAUUCUGAAAAUGAAACUAACCAAUUUUACA